UCCGUUUCCGCGGUGCCGGCCGUGGUGCUGAACGGACAGCGGCGCCGGGUGCCGCCGUCCUCCCUCUGUCUCUCUCUGUCUCGCUCUGUCUCUCUGUCUGUUUGUCUGUCUCGCUGUCUGUCUGUGUUUCUCUGGACAGGGAACGCAGACACGCUCGCGAUGGCGAUGGGCGCGCACGCCAAGAAGGGCGGCUCGAGGAGCGUGGCGGUGGAAAGGAAGAACCUCAUCACAGUGUGCAGGUUUUCCGUGAAGACCUUGCUGGAGAAGUAUACGGCAGAACCGAUUGACGACUCCUCAGAGGAAUUCAUCAACUUUGCCUCCAUUCUUGAGCACAUCCUGAGCCACGGUUUUAAAGGAGCAGGGAGCUGGUUCGAUGGCCAGCGCAGUUUCUGGGACUUCAUCCGUCUGGCCUGUAGUAAAUUGCAGAACAGCUGCAUCAGCAGCAUCGAGAACAUGGAGAACAUCAGCUCGUCUCGAGCAAAGGGCAGAGCUUGGAUAAGAGUGGCACUGAUGGAAAAACGUCUGUCAGAGUACAUCGCCACAGCCCUGAGAGACAGUCGCACUACCAGGAGGUUCUACGAUGAAGGGGCCAUCAUGUUGAGAGAGGAAGCCAGCGUUCUUACAGGAAUGUUAAUUGGACUCGGAGCAAUCGACUUCAGUUUCUGUUUAAAAGGAGAGGCUCUGGAUGGAAAAACGGAGGCGGUGAUCGACUAUACGCCGUAUCUCAAGUUUACUCAGAGCUACGACUAUCUGAGCGACGACGACGACUGCUGCAGCGUGGACAGCAGCAACAGCGACGACAGCAUUCCUGAGCAUCCCUACAUCCCGCUGGUCACUGACGAAGAAAGCUGGAGGAACAAAUGCCGCAGGAUGGAUCAGAGGUUCAAAAUUGUAAACGCCCAGAAGGGUUAUCUGGAGGAGCUCGUGCGAUUGCGGGAGUCGCAGCUGAAGAAUCUGGAAAUGGAAAACAAGAAACUGAACAAGAAACUGGAGGAGAUUCAGCUUCAGAGCCAACAGGAGAAGAGAGAAUUGGAGUCUGUCGUGCUGGAGUUACAGGAGCAGCUAACAAGUCUGAUUCCUGGUGAAGCAAAUCCUUUGUCUAAGGAUAUAUCCAUUCCUCUUGUAAACCAGUGGCCAUCAUUGCACACCUACAACAACCAGGAAGAAAGCCAGCUCUACUGCAGCCACAGUGGAAGCUUCCGGAGUCCUGAGCUUCUCUCGGCACACAUCAGCUUGGACUCGGAUUCUCAAAAAACCGAAGGGAAGCCAAAUGGCCAGCCUUGGUGCAGAGCAGAUAAAAACUUUACGCCCUCCAUCUUAGGCCUGUGUGGUUCCCUGAGCUCUUUACCCAGCUGUAAGUCUCUGCCCAGCCUGAGGUCCACAGAGUGCCUGGUGAACAUUAGUGCAGAGCCAAGUCCUGCUCUCACACCCAGCUAGAACCACACACACACACACACACACACACACACACACACACACACACACACUGUCACACAAACACACACAUUUAUUUAAUCAGCAAAGGCAUCCAAAGACACAGCAGCUGAUUAUUAGCCGAUGUACAGUACAGACCAAAAGUUUGGACACACCUUCUCAUUCAAAGAGUUUUCUUUAUUUUCAUGACUAUGAA